GAUUUUCGAUCACAACAGGUUCCUCAGAAUCCACGGACUUUCCCUACCACAGCUCAAGCGAACGAUAUGGAAGCCCCCAUCUGCCUGAUAGAAAACAGGCCUGGCGAAAAGCUGGGAGUUAACCAGGAAGCCCUGGAGAUCCUUCGGAAGAUCAAGCAGCCGGUGGUGGUGGUGGCCAUUGUGGGACUAUACCGGACCGGCAAGUCUUACCUUAUGAACAAGCUGGCAGGAAAAGACCAAGGAGGUUUCUCUUUGGGUGCCACAAUACAGGCAAACACCAAGGGCAUCUGGAUGUGGUGUCGGCCACAUCCCCUGAAGCCUGAUCACACUCUGGUGCUGUUGGAUACAGAAGGACUGGGCGAUGUAGAAAAGGUGAGUGAGGGGCAGCUGGAGGGUGUCCAGGAAAGGUCACCCUCGAGGCGGCUUUUCUGGCAGGAGGUUUAUUUAUAAAGAUGGGGAUCACUCCCAAAGAGAGCAAAAGGCCGUGUCCUGGAAUGGAAUGGAAAAAGGAAGAGACAACGCAGCAGAAUGUCUUGGUGCCUUGUGACACCAGAACGUAAUGAGUCUCCUUGGGAA